AGAACUCCGAAUUUCAAAUUCGGAAAAUCAAACUACUAAUGGGCCGAAUAGAGUAGGAGCUGUGUCGAACCAAAUGACGGAGAGAUUCUUCCCGACGAAACAAAGCUCCAGCGGCGGCGGGAAUCACCGGCGAGAUAACCUCACUCUCCUCUCCGGCCCGAUCACCUCAGGCAAAACUUCUCUGCUAUUCCAAUUCGCAAUCAAUAUAGCGUCUGCUUCUGAAACCAACCACGUCGUCUUCAUCUGCCACCGCAAAAGAAUCGAAUCCAACCCUCCCUUCCUCUCUCAGGGGAUCGACUCUUCCUCCCAUGUGUUCAAUCGUAUUCAGAUCAAGUAUGUGGAUGAUGAUGAAGGACUCAGGAGCUACUUUGCUGCGUUUCAUCUUCAUCUUGAUUUCCCUGCUGCAGUUGUUAUCGAUGAUUUUGGUGACUUCUUCACCCAAUCGAACUCGAAGGGGAGUUUAAUGAACUCACGUGCUAGAGACAUGGCCAUGGUGCGGACUCUUGCUCUAUGCCACAACGCUAUUGCUGAUGCCAACAAGAAAGCUGCUUGCGAGCUUGUCUUAUCCGAGACCAGUUCUGGAGACUCCCCGAGGUCAUUGUUUAUCUACAAACGAUGGAUCCCAUCCAUCUUUACAAUAAAAGGUCAUGGUGAUGGGUCGUUUCUCUUGAGAAGCAAUGGUUCAUCUGAGAAAAGUGCCAAGUAUUCUAUCGCGCUGCAAUAUCUCAUCUUGGAGGAGAUUGUUCAUGGAUGAUGAAGAGUUAGUUUAGUUUUCCUAAUAACAAGUUGUGUGUUUUAACAUAUUUUUCAUUUAUUUUAUAGUUCUAAUCACUUUUUUUUUUUAAUUAAAAAUUAUUGGGGAUUAGGGAAUAGGUAUUCGAGAGAGAGAGAUAUAAUUAGGGAUUAGGUCUUUCUCACUUGUUCCUUGGGCUAUAGCUUAUUGAAUCACACUCUUUAUAGAGUGGUUAAACCUUA